AUGAUUGCUACUCUCCAGCCAGAAAUCAUCGAAUUGGCCGACAAAGCUUCUCCAGCGGCUAUCCAAGCUGCCAAGAGUGCAGCUUCGAAUCAACAUGCUCUUAUCAACUUGAUUCGACUGGUCAAAUCUCUUGACGCCAAAGCUAAUUCCGAAGAAGACGAUGUUCUUGAGCCAUAUGCCGUGAAAAAAGAGUGGGAGACCGUACUCUACACUAGAGCUUUGCUUGACGCUCUGAAAGAAGAGAAUGAACAAUCAUCUUCAACCUCUUCGUCACUUAAAGACUUGGACAGAGAAUUAGCUUCAGUGGAGAAAUCAUUUCGGAUACGACUCACUUCACCUGCGCCCACACCGUCUCUCAAUCCAGCAUUAAUAGCACUUCCAAUGACACCAAAUCCUUCGAAUCCCAUUUCAGCCGAUCGUCUCAAUACUUCCAUUCCGAUAUCUCGAAGUAUCGCAUCGUCGGUCAAGCCGCCCUCACCAGUACUUGUGCCACCAGCAGAUGGAGUGAGGAAAAGGAAGUCAAGGGUGGAUGAGCAUCUCGCUUCAAGAUCAAAAGCAGAAUUGUCAGAUUCCAAUACACAAGAAGAUCUGCUCCCUCUCAAAAGUAUCAUACCUCCGAAGAAGAGUGGGCCUGGAUCCAGAGAUAGUUUGCUCGCUGGGGCGGGACCGGGAAUGGGAAUUGGAGCAGCUCAAAUACACGAAGAAUUAGGUGGUCAACUUGCGGAUAUGUCACAUCGCCUGAAGUUGAACGCCGUACAUUUCGCAAAUUCUUUGGAAAACGAGAAAUCAUUAUUGGAAGAUUCGCAAAAUGUCUUAGAAAACAAUCUUACGGCUACUCGAUCAUCCAAAAAACAUCUUUCGUCAGUAUCGUCAAAAGGCAGAAGUACCACUUGUCUUACUUUAGGUGUCGUCUUUUUGGUAAUGAUAUUAUUCGUUUGGACCUAUAUGCUCAUUCGUUUCACGUGA